GACACGUGAAUAACAACUAAAGCUCUGUCUCGGGCUUUCUCAAUCCCGAAUGAGCGGCAGCGUCUGUGUUGCUCCGGGGGAUGCGAUAAGCAGCCGGGAGUGGGAAAUACAGCCGGGAAUCCCUGCCUGCCUGCCUUUCCUCCUGCCCACCACGGGAACAUGAAGGCUGCCUGUCUCCAGAUGCUGCUGUGGGCCCUGUACCUGGUGGUGACCCUGGCUGGAGGGCAACCCAAAGCACAUGUGACGUGUCCAGGAAGUUGCAGAAAUCCUUCACAGAAGUUUAUACCAGACAAGCUGAUCAGGAGGUUCUACGAGACUGACUCUAGAUGCAAGCAAAAUGUCAUCAUAUUUGUUACUGUGCAGGAUAAGGAGAUUUGUGUAGAUUCAAAUGCAGGCUGGGUGAAGAAGUUCCAAGACAAACUGGGCAGGAAAAGUGCCACAGUGAUGCCACCACGUGAUGUGACCUCAGCAGAAGAGCCUGGCAGCAUUGAGAGACACGUUGGUCUUCCAGAACUGCCUCCAUCUCCAGCCACUGCUCCAGCUGGUUUCUUCCAAGGGACUGGAACAACACUCAGGGAGAGAGAACAUGCUCUUGCUGCCACCACAGAGGUGUCCAGCAAGCCCCCCCUGGGCAGGCAGGAGCUCCCCCAGCUCCCUGCAGGAUCCACCCCAGUGACACAGGAGGAGGCUCUGCACCCUGGGGUCACUCCAGGAGCCAAGGGGGAGCCCUCAAAUUCUCCUGUUGCAGCAGAUGUGGGCUCCAGGCAGCCCACCCCACGCCCCACUGGUCAGCACACAGCUUCUCCUAACUCCAAUUCAGACCUGAUGGCUGCUGCCACAGCAUCAACCCAACCUGCACUGGCUGCCAAUGGACCCCUGGACCCCACAGGAGCCAGAGCCAACACACCAGACACUGCUGCCAGCAGUUCUGGGUCAGAUCUCCCCUCCAUCUGGGACAGUAUGAGGACCACAACAGUCACAGCACCACAGACUACUCCAGUGUCUACUCUGAGCUCCACCACUGCCACAGACAAAGCUGCUUCUGUCCAUACCAACAGGCUUGUUGGUCCCUCUGCAGGGACAACAGCAUUUGAUCAUUCAUUGCCUGUAGGGAAGCAAGAGCCUUCAGACACAGGAGUUUUUACUCACCAGGCACUGUCAAGCCAAGCCAGGGUGCAGAUGAUCACAGUCAGGCCAAACAAUCUGCCCCUGCCCAGCUUCCUGUCAAAAUCUCAAAUGCACUUUGUCAUCCCAGUUUCUGUGGUAUGUGGACUGAUGGUUACCAGUGUUGCCCUUGUGUGGUUGUAUCUGAAAUUUGGAGUCAAACCAGAAGAAACAUCCAGAGAAAUGGUGCAGGGCUUGCUCUACCAGCAGGCAGGACAUCAAGACAAUGCCUAUCCAAUGGAAGUAAUAUGAAUGCUUCAUACAUGGACAUUUCUGUUUGAGUGUUGCUCCAGAAAAGCUCUUCAUGCUGAACUGGUGACCAGUAGGAAGCAAGCCUGGGAAUAAAAAUCACAGAGAAAACUGGUUUGCUGAUAGAGCAGAAUGCCCAAUAAUACAUCUACUUCAUCGUUGACCAAUCACAGUGUUCUGGAAAUAAGGGAGACACUUCUUUUCUACUGGCACUGUUCUGUACAAAGGCUGUGGCUGUUCUCUUGCUGUUGCUGGCUCUUUGCCAGCUGCUGUGAUUUCCCAAGUAUCUCUUGGGAAUUUUCUGUGGUUCAUCGUGGCCCAGGCAAGAAGCCACUCACCCACCCACACUGCUGGACUUGGGCUCAGCCACCUUGAGCCAUCUUAGCACCAAACCCACACAAUUUGCACUUAAACUCUCUGCUGCUUCUUUCUUUGCACUUCAGGUCUCUGCUCUGACCAAGACUGAGCUGGUGCCAGCUGGGUGCUGGCUCUCCCUGGGCUGAUGGAAUUUACUCUCAUCGUUUUCUCUUGCUGGAGGCACGAGGAACAGCCCAGCUUUUCAGAAAUAGUUGACCAACACUGCAUCUGAUCAGGGGAAUGAAGGUCAGUGCUACAGAUUUUCUAUUCAGAGAAGCUGGCAAUCCACAGUCUGUCUCCUCCUUGAAAUCAAGCCCUUCCUUUUAGCAGCUCUGGGUAUUUCUUCUUGCAGAUGAAUUCUGAGAGCUGGUUCUUGGCAAAUCAAUGCAAUAAAUCCCUUCUGCCAGCUGAUGCACCUUGUGCCCAGCUGCAUCCAUCACCAGGGCAGGAAAAUGCUGAUGAAUCUUCACAAAUGGGAGAAAUCAAGAAGCCACCCAAUAAUUUUGCUAUUCCUGUGUUAUCAUUGGAACAUUUUUGCUCUUCUCUGCAAGCACAAAACCCAGGAAGUGUGGAGCUAAAGGCAAUUCUGGAUGUAGUCAUGAAAAAAUUACCACAGCAGACAUUCUUUUGAUCCCAUUUUCUCUCUAGAAAUAAGCACAUUUGCUGAUCCACAAAAAAAAAAAAAAAAAAAAAAAAAAAAAAAAAAAA